GCAGUGUUGUGCUGGUGGUGGAGGUGGCUCACUAACAGUGUUGGACUGUGUUGGUGGUGCCAGCAGUGUAAACACAGUUGACACCAGGGAACGGCACCACUCGCUCGUUACUUGGAAAUCUCUGUGCCAAUUUCUGCAUCCAAGGCCAUGUCAUAGUGAUCCAGUAGUUGUGAGAGGCAGGAGCGACCUGCCCUGAACCCAUGUUGCCCUGGAUUGUGCAGAUUUUGGGAAUCCAGGUGUGGAGGCAGUUGUUUCACGUGCACACAUGGCGGUGUACAGCGUGUUGCGGUACUAUGUGGGGCCGCCCGUGAUGGUGGUGACGACGUGCGUGGGCGUGCAGUACCUGGCUCAGGUGGGCGGUGAUGGUACUAACAGCUGGAGCAUGCUAGGGGACGCCCACUCCUGGACGGUGGUCCUCUUUACUCUACUGUGGGCGCUGCUCUCACUUUGGGUCCCUGGCAAGGUAUUCAGCGGCCCCCAAACUCACUUCGGCUACACACCCGUCUACAAGGCUAACGGCUUCCAGUUCUUCUUGGUUUCUUUGGCUGCCUUCUUCCUGCUAGUCACCUGCUACCCUUAUGUCUCCCGUGACAUAUUUCAUAACUUCCAAAAUAUACUUGCAUCGUGCAACAUCUUGGCUUUCGUGCUGUGCAUAUACCUGCUCGUGAAAGGGAAGAAAUGGCCAGAAUCGACGGAGGCGAUUGAGUCCAAACCGCUGUUGUACGAGUUCUACCGUGGGAUGGAGUUGCAUCCAAGACUGCUUGGGGUAGACGUCAAGCAACUUACCAACUGCAGGUUCGGUCUUCUCGCCUGGGAACUGCUGGUGGUCUCUUUCUUCUUGGCUGGCUGGGAGAAGAAUGGCUUCAGUAUGGGGCACCUGGUGUGUGCCACGCUCCAGACCAUAUACCUGGGCAAGUUUUUCUGGUGGGAGACGGGUUACUUCAAUACAUUAGACAUUAUCCUGGACCGUGCGGGUUACUACAUCUGCUGGGGGUGUCUUGUGUUUGUACCCUCCCUAUACACGUACUCUUCCUACUAUCUCGUGGCUCACCCUCCUCAGGUAUCUGCGAGCACUGCCACGCUCUUCUUCAUACUAGGCGUGUGCGCGAUACUGUUGAACUAUCGCAUUGACUGGGAGAAAGAACACUUCCGCGCUCAUGAUGGCAAGUGUUCCCUCUGGGGACGACCAGUUACUUACAUAGAAGCGCAGUACAAGAGUGCUACUGGCCAUAAGUACUCUAAAUUGCUUACCUCCGGGUCUUGGGGCGUGGCCAGACAUCUGAACUACACUCUAGAGUUGUUACUCUCCUUAGCCUGGUGCCUGCCAGGGCUCGGGUAUGGUGUGUGGCCUUUUUUGUACGUGAUCUUCCUUACUGUGCUCCUUGUUCACAGAGUCUUCAGAGACGAAGAAAAGUGUCGAGCCAAGUACGGCUCAGCUUGGGACAAGUACUGCAAGGAAGUUCCCUAUCGUAUGAUUCCCAGAGUCUUUUGAGUUUGCUGUGAUAUAUCCACCAUUAUUUUUUCAAUAAAUACUGACUACUGUAUUAUAUAUAUUUAAUGUAAAUGUACAAAUACAUAUAAAUUAAG